AUGAUCGUUUGUAACGUGAGCCUGAGUUGUACGCACUGUACCGGGGGAGGAGCUGGAAGCACGGCGGCGACGGCAGCGGCGGCGUCGGCGGACGCGUACGAGCAGGUGCCCGGGUCUCUGCCUCCUCCGACCCUGAGCCCAAGGGGGCACCUGGUGGUGGCGGUGUGCCUGGGCUUCAUCGGCGCCUUCGGCUUCCUCACUAACUUCCUCGUGCUCGCGCUGUUCUGCCGGUACCGGACUUUGCGCACGCCCAUGAACCUCCUGCUGGUGAGCAUCUCCGCAAGCGACCUGCUGGUCAGCGUGGUGGGAACCCCGUUCAGCUUCGCGGCCAGCACCCAGGGGCGCUGGCUGAUCGGACGGGCCGGGUGCGUUUGGUACGGCUUCGUGAACGCAUGUCUGGGCAUCGUCUCCUUAAUCUCCCUCGCCGUUUUGUCCUAUGAGCGUUACUGCACCAUGAUGGCGACCACGAUAGCCGACGGCCGGAACUUCCGCCCUGCGCUGGUGGGGAUCUGCUUCUCCUGGCUCUACUCGGUGGCCUGGACUGUUCCUCCUCUGCUGGGCUGGAGUAGAUACGGGCCAGAGGGUCCUGGUACAACCUGCUCGGUGGACUGGAGGACCCAGACAGCGAACAACAUCUCCUACAUCAUCUGUCUGUUCACCUUCUGCCUUGUCCUGCCUUUCUGUGUCAUCCUGUAUUCCUAUGGCAGACUGCUGCACGCGAUCAGACAGGUGCGUAGCGUGAGUUCGGUGGUGACUCGGCGCAGAGAGCAGCGAGUGCUGAUGAUGGUCGUCACCAUGGUGGCGUGCUACCUGCUCUGUUGGCUUCCCUACGGAGUGGUGGCCCUGCUCGCCACCUUUGGCCCACGUGACCUUUUGACUCCAGAGGCGACUAUCACGCCAUCGCUGCUGGCCAAGUUCUCCACUGUCAUUAACCCUUUCAUCUACGUUUUUAUGAACAAACAGUUUUACAGGUGUUUCAGGGCAUUCCUACAAUGCUCCACCCCCGAGCGAGGCUCUACCUUAAAGACAUUUUCCCGGGUGACAAAGACGCUUCGAACCUUCCGCCAGGUGAAGGAACAUCACGUGUCCGCCCCCGCGCCCUCCACCGCCCAGCCCACGCCAAACUCCGUCCACAACUCCUCGCAGCGGGCCAGCCCGGGGUCUCCGUCUCCGUCAAAUCACGACUCUGCUUCUUCUCACACGCCUGCUGCUGCUAACAGCCCCAAACCCAGACUGGUUCUGGUGGCUUACUACAGGGAAUAACGAGAGAAACAACAACAACGAUGGGAGGUGAACAUUUAGAGAAAAGAGACGGAGCGACAAGCUGGGGCACAGCUCUCCAAUUAAGAAACAAAUCCUCUUAAUAGUAGAGAAGAGAGAGCGCAGCGGGAAUCUUAAACACAAGCAGGGACGUUCCGAUCCCAGAGCAGGUUAUCACUGCUCUGUGAAGUCGGCAAACAGGGAUUCACACAAACCGCCAGUCUUAUCCUGCUUAGCAGACGCUCUGUAUACAAAGCAGGGGACCAGGGCUAAGAGUCCUCCAUGAUAGGACUACAGACUUCUUUACAGACAAUAAAAACCACAUAACUAGGUCGAGGCAUCUUUGUCACACAACCAUGUUCUUUCUUAAUCUGGAGAAUUCUUCAGGACAUUUUGGAAAAGCACAGCGUUCUUUGGUGGAGGUUUAUAGACUCUUUGGUGGGCUUUUUUUUUUUUUUUUUGUAAACAGGGCAAUGAGUAUUGUGAAGGCUCAAGUGUGUAGCUACUGUUACUUGGAUUAUUCUUUCUUUUUGUGACGUUAAAUCGGUUGAAGAAGCGGGUAAGCAUUUCUCCCUGACCCCAUUUCCAUGCCUGAUAUUGGAGGAUUUGAUACAGAGCAUUAAAGAUUUGUUGAACAAUUUGAUGCAGUUUAGAACUGGGAAGAUUUCUAUUUGAUGCCUUUAUUUAACCCUGCUGCUCAUAAGCCCGCUGUCUUUAUUGCUGGGAUUCUAUGAAAUACUUUAAAGGGACAUUUC